AUGAAGCUUUUCCAGAGUUUACUAGCGAUCACUGCCGCUCAAGAGGCUCAUGAUCUGAACAACGAUGGGCACGGAAGUGAUGUUCCAUACGGCCGAGUUAUUUCUAGAGACCAGAUAGAAUCGAUGGAGCGCGGACCAAGGCCACGACCGAUCGAGCAGCAGGAAUUCUAUCAAAAUGAAAUAGAACCGCUUAUAGCUCAGCAAGCGUUACUCAACCAGCAGUAUGCUUCUCAAGCCGCUCUUGAUAUUUAUCAACCAUCAAGAAUUACGGCGACGAAUGCUGCCCAAGCGCAACUCAACCAACAAUGGGCCCAAGCUCACCAACGCGAACGCGAGUUCUAUCAGAAUCAAUACCAGCCUCAAAAUCAAAUUCAAGCCGGCCAAAGUCAUUUCCAGCAACAAGCAAACGCAUAUUUAAAUCACAACAACAUGUCUCCAAAUCAAGCGCGCGACGACUCAUUUUACCAUCAACAACAAAGCCUCUCAAACCAAAUUUCGAAUCUUCAAUUCCAAGAUCAACAAGCGAUCUCCAGUCAAAACGCGAUUCUUGCUCAAAAACUUGAAGAAAAACUAAAAAUUUUGCAACAGGUGCAGAAAGAAGUCAGUGAUCAACGAGCUCUUCUCCAGAAAAUAAUGACCCAGAAGCAACAACAAGCUGCUGAUGCAAUUGCAUCAAAGAGGCCUUAUGCAGAGUUGCAAUCAACGACGACUACCGGGAAAUAUGAAUUCGAGGAGCCUGAAGUUCUGCCGAGAUACCCUGUAAAUGUCCGAGAGAACAACCGUAUUCAACUUCAACCAACGGCUUCUUCGAAGAAAACUGUAGAAAUCAUCCAAUUUGAAGAUGAAUCAAACUCAAAAGGAUGUUUUGUAGAAAAUGCAGCGAUAAACCCUGGCAUCUUCACUGGCAACUCUAUCGAUCAUAUCGAAAAUGUCUACACAGCAAAAGGUUGCCAAAGCCACUGCAAGCUUCACAGCCAGCAAGGCUGCGAGUACUUCACGUGGAAUAGCGAAGAUCACAGUUGUGAGUUAUUCACGUCAUUAGAUGGACUUGAAUACGACCAAGACGGAAUUUCUUUUGUUGGAAAAUCUGAUGGAUGCUUUCAGUGCGAGAAACCUGGUUUUGACUACACAUCCUACUAUUCUUCUGAUUCAUUGACCGGAAGAAGAGCCAUUUACGAAGUCCCCGAUGUGUUUACCUGUCUCGAGAUCUGCCGAAAUGUUGACGGAUGCGAUUUUGUUAGCUUUCGAGCUGAUAACCGCUGCUAUCUGAAAGAUUCCUCCGCGCCUGAAAAUAUUGAAGACGAUGAAGAUUAUGUUAGCGCUCCUGUUCAGUGUCAAUCAGAAUUCUGGAACGGAUUUGCAAACUCACAAAGCCUUAUAAAUGGCAAAUCGCUCUCAACAAGUCGCGAAUCCGAUAAAAAGUCUGAUGAAGAAUCAAGAGUUCGAGCAGGGCUGGUUUUCGAACUCCGACCUCAUCACUUGGGGAUCAGCAGAUCCGAUUCCCACCGUUCAGAGCUCAUCAAACUGCUCGAAGAUCUGUGA